AUUGAACUGAACUUUAAGCCGCAGACAAGAGGAAUGUCUGCAUAAACCACCUGCACUGUCAGUUCCCAGGGCAUUUUAUUGGGAGUGGAAAAUGAUAGCCAAAUGUCAUGUGGAGCCGCUGGAGAGUUUUGAAAUGCAAAUCUGCAGACUUCCCCUACGUGAAAAGAAAUGCUCUGGGGCUGAUAACAUAUAGACGGAAACAUCAAGGUUUCUCAGUCCUUCACCAGUAAUCUUUGAUUGAAUCCAAAAACGAAACAAUCAAAGCCACCUCAAGUGACGAGGCCUCAACGUUCUUGGAAUGCAGAUUCCAUAUCAAGAGUCUCUCUGUCACCAGUGUUGACAAGUUAGGACAAAGAACGUCAAACCAGAAUUCACAAAUUGACAUUUUUAUCUUUCAUUUACACACUCCGGUGAGCAAGAACUAAAACAACAAAAAGAAAACAAAGUCAACAAUCACAGAAAUGUUUGCAACUGAGAUAAAUAAUUAGUAGAAACUAUUUUUUUCAUCACUGGUAAUGAUUAGUUCUAGGUUUAUUGAUCUUAUUUCCAGUAGUCUCAGAACAGUGUACACAACUGAAAGAAAUAAUGCUGAAGCAUUCACUAAACCCGUUUAUGUCGUCAUUAUCUGGAUUUUCCUCAGAGUGAACUUUGUUCUUUUAGACAAGAGGAGGAGUGGCUUAAUGUCUCAAAUAAGUUUAUGUCCGCCUGGGAGCCAGUUUCAAGCUGGAGCAUUUGCAUGUUGAAACAGGAAUCCACACCCUCCGACUUCAGACUGCUUAUCAUGUUCAGAUACCUCCUGUCUGUUUCUCCCAGCUGGUUCUCAGAAGCUGUCCCAAACUCUGAACACAAGCUGAAUGGAUAUUGUGGGAUAUUUUACGAGCAAUCAGGAGGAUUUCUACGAAGGUCACUAUCAAAAUGUCCUAAGCAAACAGUCUGGGGAGAUGGACUCUCCAGAGUUUUCCCUGCUGUCAUCACUGAGAGGCGAGUUUAAGCACGAGGAUUUUAUCCAGCCUCAUUAUAAGGAGUCGUAUCGCCUGGCGAUCGAUUGUCUGGUUAAAGAUGGCAGAGACAGUUACCAUGAGUUCCUCAAAGGAGAACGUGUUGGGAGCUUCCUUUCAGAAGAUGAGAUUCUCUUCAUCACCUCUAAUGCAGAACAGCUGCCAUCCCAAAACCAGACAGAAGAAGUCAUAGGCCCAUCAGACAACCAGUCGUCCUCUGGGACGUACUGGCCCACCCACUCAGAUGUGGAAACACCAAAUUUGGAUUUGGGUUGGCCGAACGUCCUGCAUGAAAAACUCCCAACUAAUAUCAGUCUGCUCUACCAUCCACCUAGACUCAACAACCCGACCAUAAAGGAGGUGAUCCGCAAAAAUAUUCAGGAUGCAAGACAGGUCAUUGCUAUUGUGAUGGACAAGUUCACUGAUGUCGAUAUAUUCAAAGAAGCUGUGGAUGCUUCUAUACGAGGUGUACCAGUUUAUGUGCUACUGGAUGAUUACCAUUUCAAAAGUUUCCUCAAGAUGGCUGAUAAUCAAGAUAUUAAAUUACAGCAACUCAGAAACAUGAGGGUGCGCAUCGUAAAAGGCCAGGAUUACCUUUGUCGAUCAGGAGCCAAAUUUCAUGGAUCAAUGGAGCAGAAGUUUCUUUUAGUCGAUUGCCACACAGCAAUUUAUGGCUCAUACAGCUUAACUUGGUCUUUUGAGAAGAUCCAUCUGAGCAUGGUUCAGGUCAUCACGGGGCAGCUUGUGAAGUCCUAUGAUGAGGAAUUUCGGACACUCUACGCCCGGUCAAUUGUACCAGCUGAAUUAGGAACCCCAGUGGGAGGGUCACACAACAACAGGCUUCAUGGGCAAGAGAUGCUACCAAGAUAUGAUUCUGCUCCAAAGAUUAGACGGUGGGACCAGCUCAGGCAUUCCUUGGAUGUCGUCAAUCGGAAAACUUAUGAAAGAAAAUCUGGCACAAGAGGUUUUGAAGACAGGCUCAUUGAAGAGAAUGGUAAAACACUCGGACCCUUGAUGAAGGGACCACAAUUUGAGCCUGAAUCUUUUGAUGAGAUGAAUUUGUUGAAAAGGCACAGCUAUGCUGGGAAAAGACAGGAUGGAUGCCUCCUGCAAAACAUGAGGCCUAGAGGGAGCAACUGGAAUAUCUCCAGAGACGCUGGAAUUUUAUCAAACAACUACUCGAUGGAUAAUUAUGUGCAAGUGCCACAGAUACACAGAGGUCAAAACAUGCGUCAGUCUUACAAUGGCAAUGACAACAAACAGGUGCUCUCCAUGCAGCAGAACAUGCCAACUUUGGAGAGCACUUCAAAGUCGUUUAUGCGCACAUUGAGGAUAGAAUCUUAUCUUAAAAACCAUGAUGCUUCAUCUAUGGACACCUGUGACUAUUUAGACCAGUUUGAAACCAUGGACAAAGCUAGCUCCUUCAUGCAGGGACAUAUGCGUAACUCUAUUGCCCUCAGGUGCCCCAUACCAGAACACAUAGAGCCGAACACACUCAUAAACCCCUCUUUAUACCUUGUUGGUCGCUCAGCUGCACCCAACACUCCUUUGCACUACACUUCAAUGCAGUGGGAGCCUGGUGCUGCAGCGGAGAGCAGAAUUAACUCCAGUGAAUCCAUGUUAAUGAGACAGAGUCCACAGACUUUAGACAACUUUGAUAGUACAGCAAACUACGGCCCAGGUAGAAACCACUCUACAUAUUCCAGCUUAAGUAGAAGUAAACGUGGACAGAUAAUUACAAACCCGAACAUGCUGGCAGACAGUUGGCAAAAAAGGCAUAGCAUGGCUGAUCCACGGUCAAGCACGGAGCACACAUAUGAAACCUCAGGUCACAUGUAUGGACAUUUUGUAAGGACAGAAGGAAACAGAAGCACUGCAGAAAUUCCUGCUCAGAAUGGAGGAUAUAGAUCAAACAUGAAUGAAGAUCAGAGAUCUCUUUCCCACUAUGAUGUGAAGAAUAUCACAGACAAAAAAGGCCCAAGUACUCAUAUUUGGCAUGAACCCCCAUCCAGGACUGUCUCCGCAGCAGCCCUGCACCUCACUAGCAAAGAUUUGGCAAAUAAAUCUAGCAGUAUGAAUUCUCAGCACAUCCCAAAAAAUAGCUCUAAGAAAAUGCAAUCUUUGGUAAACAUACCAGGGAGGAAAGAUUUCAAAAGAACCAUGGAGACACCAAGUCUUACUUCAAGUGACAGUUGUGACACCAUAACAGCUGAUGAUGAUGAAGUUGGAGGAAAACAUCAACAAAGUGCAACCAGUUCUAACAGGUCAUCAUCAGAACACCCUCUAAGGUCCUCAAAGCCACAAUUGAAAACAGAGGAACAUCAAGACCAACCAGCGAACUCUCCCUCCAAAACUACCACAGAGAAGAAGCCCUUAAUUCUCAGAAAAAACAUUAAAUCUGCAGCUGAGAGUCGCGUGUACAGCAGAUUUGAACCGUUUUGCUCCCUUGAAAGGAAAAGCUGUUUGCUGUCGGGCUCCAGGCGCCCACAGUCUCAGGAGAAAUUGAAAAGCCUUUCCAAAGGCGAGGCAGCUGUCCAACCCAGCCACUCUCAGGCAACAAGAGGACACCAGGAAAACAAGCUGGAGAAAUUUUUUCACAGAGUUGGAAAUAUGCUAAAUAAGAAUAAAUAGUGAGGGUUGCUAGGGUGGCAUAUUCAAACUAGGUGUGUCACCUAUUACUGAUUUUUAUGGCAAUGUUUCUUUGUCUAGCAGAGGUGCAUUUACUUUGCAAACUGUUUAUUUUCUACCUUUUGUAUUGCACUGAAGAAUGACCAUUAAACAGGGUAUAUUUUGUACUGAUGCAGAUUACAGAUGGUUCUUACAUGAUAUAAAAAUACUGCCUCUACAUUUCUUUGUUUGCUCUUUACCUCUAAAUUACAUAAAUUGAAAUGCUGUCAAAAUUUUUUCAUUGGUACAUGGUUAUUUCAUAAGGUCACUUAUGUAUCCUUUCUUUUGCUGAACUGCAAGUUUGUAGGCUGUAUAUACCUCACUGAUUUCUUUAAAACUUGUGCCUGCUUGAGUGUUAACAGAUGCUCCUGGUAUAGACAGAACAAAUAUGUACAUAGGGCAUGCAAACUGAUCAUCAGAGAUCUGGACAAAGAUUUCUUACUUGUUCUUUAUGUUCCUCAAAGGUUUCACAACUGCUGGGCAGAGUGUAAUGAUGUAACAAAGUAUGCACAUUGUGUACUAUUCUUAAAAUAUUUUUAUUCUGUUAAUUUUGCACGCAUUUAAUAAAGAAUUAAGGAGCACAUACAUAAAAAUGACCUUUUUCUCCAAAGGCGUCAGUAAUGGGAUUGUUUUGUUCACAGAGUGUUUCACCUUAAUGUGAAAUUUAAAUGACUAUGCAUGUGGAAUAGAGAAUACAACACAAUGACCCUCUGGGAAUACUCAUAGAUUUUAUAGUGACUCUUAGUUCAGCAAUUUGUUUGUGAUAACAUAAAUGAACAUUGAUUGUGUUCAGAGGUAAUGCUCUCUUAAAUGAAUGUAUUGUAGAGGGGUGCAAAGGGAUUGUUGGGUUGUGUGAAAACCUUGCUGUAUAGUAAACAGACUGUAAUCCAGGAAAGUUCCUUUAUGUGUUUUGUAAAGUUUAUUUAUUACUUCAAUAAACAUUUUCCUAAUGAA